AUGUCUGCACGACAUCACACAAAAGAUAAAUUCACACAAGAAGAUGAUGAGCACUUGAAGGAAAUAGUAGGAAAGUUAGAAGAGAUUGAUUGGAAAACAGUUGCUCACCAAAUGGGAAAUAAAAAUGCGCGCCAGUGCAAAGAUAGAUGGGUUAAUUAUUUAUCUCCUACAGUGAAUCGCUCUAAAUUCUCAUUUCAAGAAGAUAUCUUACUCUUAGAAAAAUAUAACAUUUAUGGUCCCAAAUGGGUGUUUAUCUCUAAAUUUUUUGAAAAUAGAACAGAUGUUAAUAUUAAAGCACGUUUUUUAAUUCUUAAAAGACGUGGAUAUUCAGUAGAAUAUCUCAAAAGAUUACUUGACAGAAGAAUGAAUCCUAAAUCACAAUCUAAAAGGAAUAAGAUUGCGCAGCAACCUUUGUCUAAGGAACCAUCUUCUCCAACUCCAGAUUGGGACUUUUUCAAUCAGAUUACAAUAGAGACGUUUGAAAAAGAAAAUAAUGACAUGUUAUCUUUAUUGGGCGGACAAGAAGCUCAUUUCUUUAAUUUUUGUUAG